AUGUCAGCUAAUGCGACACGGAAGGACCCGCAACGAAUGUUAAGGCAAGCAUUAACAAAAGCUGUUACUUUACUAUUUAUAAUGGUGUUAACAAGGAAAACUAAACCGAAAGUUACGGCUUACAAGAAGAAUAUACCAACAGGGCGCUCAUCAAAAAAAUUAACUAAACAACAGAUGCUCUCUGAAUUAAAGAAAAAAGGCGUGGUUCUACCACCCACAAUAAAAAAGUCGUUUUGGAACAGUUGCACGUUUUCUGGAAAUGGUAAUUUUAAUAAACAUACGCAGAGAGAUGAUUCACCAUCAAUUAGUUCAUCACCAGCGGGUUCAUGGCCAUUAUUUGCGUCUCGAAGUGUUGCCAAUUUAGACGAUGAUGAAGAUACAAAUAAAAUGAAUGUUACGAAAAUUGCACCACGUACGUACAGUUUAUGUAAUUGUAUAGAUAGUAAGACUCGUGGUGGAACAGGUAAUACUAAUAUUAAUAUAACAGAAUAUGUAACGCCGAGUCCCCACAAGGCUAUCUGUGAAGGUCGUGACGUUUCGCUGCACCAUCUUAUAAUGCCAGCUGAAACAGCAGCAGCACAGUAA